AUGGUCAACUCCUUCGCCAACAUCAGCGUCCUUGACGAACUCGAUGGAGAAAAUCUGCACAGAUUAUCCAACGGGCUGACGUUGGAAGUUGAUCUUCAUAUUCUGUUUGACACGCUUAAACUCUGGUUCGAGGAGGUUCAGAAUCAACCAUAUACCUACGACGUCCACACCUUACGACUUCAUGGCUUUCUUCCGCAACCCCGUCGCGUUACUUUCAAGUCAACGGACCCAGCUUUAGAGCUACCCAACUCGAAAUAUCUCAAGCUUCAUGCCGCUGUCUGUCGAGUAGCCCACAUGUCUGGCGCUGCUAAAUACUUGGAUCUUCAUGACCGGGAAGUGGAAAUGAGGGAAGUCAUGGCUCAUGAUGGUUCUUCGGCGGAGCUUUUAGAUUCUCGACUUCAUAGGGUAGUUCUUACGGUGUGA